AUGGUUAUUUUUAUUUAUUUUUCUUCUUGUAUACCACUGCGUUCAGAACUGGGUUGAAUGACAGCUUUGUGUGUCCUGGAAGACACUUUGAGGCAAUAUGUGUUUUGUUAAUACUUGCACCUGGACCGGGCGAGGACAGCCGUCCCAGUAUUCUCGGGGUCUGGGGGUAAGAAAAGCUGCGUCCGAUUUGUGGGAUCAAGCUCCCCACACGCCUGUGCACAGAUGCAAGACAGCCAGAGGUGUGUGAUGAGUGGACGCCCGAGAUCUCCCACACUGCAAAGGGACACGAACGAUCCCAUAACCCUCCCUCCCAGGUUGUGUGACUCCAUUAAGUGUUAAAAAUUCACCGGUAUGUGAAAUGACCUCUCUCUCCAAGUUCUCUAAUAACGUGCAGUCCUGCAAGCCUGGACCGGUCCCUGAGCUGGGGAAGGCUAAACGAGCAUCUCAAGGUGCUCGCCUGGCAGCUGGGUUUCCUUUCUGGCUGUGCCUGGGUCCUUGAGCAGCCCCCUUUGUGGUGUGAGGCAGCGUUUUUGUCCUGCAGGUACAGAAGGUACUGGAUUAAACAGGUCUGCUGUUGCAGACAGACACCAGGCUCCGUUGUAGCGCAGAGCUGUGUUUGGAUUGGAGUUUCCAGGGCCUUAUCAGGAGCCACCCCUAGUGACACAGCCGGUGCCAGAACUAACUUUGACUUUCACUCUUCGCCAAGGGCUUGCAGAACACCUUAAAGGAAAAAAGAUGGAGGCGCUUAGAGUUCAGAUGUUCAUGCCAUGCUCCUUUGAAAGCUUGUAUCUCAGUUCCGCGGAGCAUCCUGGGGCGUCCAAGCCUCCGAUAAGCUCCUCCAGCAUGACAUCACGCAUCUUGCUACGCCAGCAACUCAUGCGUGAGCAGAUGCAGGAGCAGGAGCGCAGGGAGCAGCAGCAGAAGCUGCAGGCGGCCCAGUUCAUGCAACAGAGAGUGCCCGUGAGCCAGACCCCGGCCAUCAACGUCAGCGUGCCCACCACGCUGCCCUCUGCCACCCAGGUGCCAAUGGAAGUCCUUAAGGUGCAGACCCACCUCGAAAACCCCACCAAGUACCACAUACAGCAAGCCCAAAGGCAGCAGGUAAAGCAGUACCUUUCUACCACUUUAGCAAAUAAACAUGCCAACCAAGUCCUGAGCUUACCAUGUCCAAACCAGCCUGGCGACCAUGUCAUGCCACCGGUGCCGGGGAGCAGCGCGCCCAACAGCCCCAUGGCCAUGCUUACGCUUAACUCCAACUGUGAAAAAGAGGGGUUUUAUAAGUUUGAAGAGCAAAACAGGGCGGAGAGCGAGUGCCCAGGCAUGAACACGCAUUCACGAGCGUCGUGUAUGCAGAUGGAUGAUGUAAUUGAUGACAUCAUUAGCCUAGAAUCAAGUUAUAAUGAAGAAAUCCUGGGCUUGAUGGAUCCUGCCCUGCAAAUGGCAAAUACGUUACCUGUCUCGGGAAACUUGAUUGACCUUUAUGGAAACCAAGGCCUGCCCCCACCAGGCCUUGCCAUCAGCAACUCCUGUCCAGCCAACCUUCCCAACAUCAAAAGGGAGCUCACAGCGUGUAUUUUUCCCACAGAGUCUGAGGCAAGAGCAUUGGCUAAAGAGAGGCAAAAAAAGGACAAUCACAACUUGAUUGAACGAAGAAGAAGAUUUAACAUAAAUGACCGCAUUAAAGAACUAGGUACUUUGAUUCCCAAGUCAAAUGAUCCAGACAUGCGCUGGAACAAGGGAACCAUUUUAAAAGCAUCCGUGGACUACAUCCGGAAGCUGCAACGAGAACAGCAACGCGCGAAGGAACUUGAAAACCGGCAGAAGAAACUGGAGCAUGCCAACCGGCACCUGCUGCUCAGAAUACAGGAACUCGAAAUGCAGGCUCGCGCUCACGGACUCUCGCUUAUUCCAUCGGCGGGUCUCUGCUCCCCGGAUUUGGUGAACCGGAUCAUCAAGCAGGAGCCCGUCCUUGAGAACUGCAACCAAGACCUCCUCCAGCACCACGCGGACCUGACCUGCACGACGACCCUCGAUCUCACGGAUGGCACCAUCACCUUCAACAGCAGCCUCGGGCCCGGCGCCGAGGGCAGCCAAGCCUACGGCGUCCCCACGAAAAUGGGAUCCAAACUGGAAGACAUCCUGAUGGACGAUACGCUGUCUCCUGUCGGCGUAACUGACCCGCUCCUCUCCUCCGUGUCCCCGGGAGCUUCCAAAACCAGCAGCCGGAGGAGCAGCAUGAGCAUGGAGGAGACGGAGCAUGCCUGCUAGCGAGCCCGCCCUGCCCCGCGCCCUCCCGGACUGCUCCCUUUCUUGAUUAGUAGAUUUAAUAAUUUACCUGAAGGGGUUUUCUUGAUAAUUUUCCUUUAAUAUGAAAUUUUUUUUUUCAUGCUUUAUCAAUAGCCCAGGAUAUAUUUUAUUUUUAGAAUUUUGUGAAACGGACUUGUCGAUUCUAUUACAACUACAAAUGCCUCCAAAGUAUUGUACAGCUGAGUGUGCAGUAUCUGUGAACCGAAUGCACCACGGACUUUAGCUUUCUGAGCAAGAGGAUUUUUGCAUCAGAGCAAUGCCUGUCCAUUUUUAUUCAGGGGAAACGUGAUUUAAGAUUUUUAUGCCUGUGACUUCCUUGGAAAUUAAAUGUAACAUUUAAUUGAAAGAAUGUAAAGCAACCAAAAAAAAAAGAAAAGAAAAGAAAGAAAGAGGAAAAGAAAUCCAUACUAACCCUUUUCCAUUUUAUAAAUGAAUUAAUUCAUGGGUACUGCCUUAAAGAUACAGUACCUUUCUAGCAUUGUUUAGUCUUUAUACUGCAAACUAUUUAAAGAAAUACUAUAUUCUGUAAAAGACCAAAAAAAAGAGAGAGAGAGAGAAAACAAACAAAACUGCAGCCUUUUAUGAGGAUUGUCUAGUUAGAAAAUGUAAUUGAUGCCAACUGAAAUUAAAGGGAGUUAGACCAAGGCUCUGAAACAUAGAGUCUAAUCUUCACUCUGUGCUGUUCUGGUUUUCUUUAUCCAUGAGUGUGAUUAAGUUUUUCAUAAGAUAUAUUUUAUUUUGAAAUGGAAAUAAACGUCCUCUCAGAGUAAAAUAUUGAGGAGCACUGAAAAGUUUGCUUUACUUUUUUUUUUUCAUUUUUGCUUUUGAUAAGAAAGCCAAACUGGGCAUAUUUCUAAUUGGCUUUACUAUUUUUAUUUUUAAAUUAUGUUUUACUGUUCAUUUGAUUUGUACAGAUUCUUUAAUAUCAUCGUUCUUUUCAAUAUGUUUGUAUUAAUUUGUAAGAAGAUGCAUCUUAAAAUGGCAAGUUUUCAAUAUUUUUACAACUCACUGGUGGUUUUCCGCAUUCUUUGUACACCCACGAAAGAAAACUUUUAUGCAAGCAAGGUCUUGUGUUUAAAGAGAGCUUUGCGAAUAUUUUGUAUAUUGCAGUCUCACUCCGGAACUGUUUUUUUGACACAUUUAAGGUAUAGUAUUAAUAGGUUAAAACCAGGCUUUCUAGAAAGAAUAAACUUACAUAUUUAUUUUUAGGAUAUAAAAAAUAGCAAUAUAUUCUUGGAGACUGAUAACCAUAGCAUUAAUGUGCCCAUUAUGGUCAUUUCAAUUGGGGUUUAUUUCAGCAAACUUGCUGAAUUUUUUUUUUUUAAAGAGAGAAAUACUGUAUUGGCAAAUUACUGUUACUUAAUAACAAUGUUUUAACUGAGCAGCAAUGUUGUAAAGUUAGUUUCAGUGCAUUAUCUACUUGUGUAGUCCUAUGCAAUAACAGUAGUGUCACAUGUAUCAAGCCUAGAUGUUUUAUACAGAUGCCAUAUAGUGUUACGAGCCAGGCUGUUGAAUGGGAUGUCUCAGUAGCAGCCUACAAUUGAAUUGCAAGUUGCAUAAAGCAUAUCCAUUCAGAAUGAAGUGCCUUACAUAUAGCAGUAGUCUUUUUUCAGACUAGCACUGACUGAACUAUAAUGUAGGAGAAAGUUUCAAGAUGGUAUCUAUAGUCAAGAGGAACAUGUAGCAUGGUGCCUAUGUAGACAAUAUAAGAGCUUCCAAUUUUCCUUCAGAUAUUUUUAAUAUUAAAUAUAUUUUAGUGACAGAGUGCCAACUUCUUUCAUCAGGAAACCUUAUUCAGGAGGGUUUUUUUUUUUUUUUUAAGUGUUUAAAUGUCAAACGUGAAUUGGUGAUGGGUGAUGGAGGGUUCGGAGAGAAAGGAGUGCUUGUCAGAUGUGUGAAUGGAUGAUGGUUUAGGUGAACAUAAUCAGCUGCAUAGUUCCCAUGCACAGUGGGCAAUGAGAAUCCUUGGAAACAUUGAGGAUGCUAUCAGUUUUAUAGCUUUAUUACUUAAGGGGGUAGGGAAAAUUAGUUCCCAUUCUUUCAGCCCCCUUAAUUGUAUAGCUCUUUUCCUAGAAUAGUGCUUCGACUCUGCAUGAACAGCUCCUUGUACCAUAGUGUUCAUCGAUACAAUCAUAGCAUUGUCUAUUUUUCUCUUCAUAUUUAUAUGGGGGGGAGGGGGCCGGAUACGAACGCCAGAGGUCGUGAUGCUAUGAUGCUAGUUUUCCUUAGCUGACUUUGAGGGUUUUUUAAUAAUGAAGGUUGACUGAGCCACGGCCAAGGGAAUAUGGCCACCGUUAAGCAACCUCGCAGAAAGCGCUGUUGAGAGGAAGUAUUGGCAUCUUGUACUGCUGCCCCGACUCUUGCAACUCCUGGCUUGGCCAAUGCCUGCUUCCCCGUCCCCUGCUUCUUAAGAGACAAUUUCUAAAAGUGGCAGGUAAGCAAGCCUGGGAGAAUGCUGCAAGCUUGAGGGUGGUUUUAUUUAUUUCUUUGUUGCCAAAUAGAGUGUGGAAUCAUUUUAGGGACUAGUGAAGCCAAGAGGCAGUGGUUUGGGCUUGUCGUUUGUGACUAGAGAGUGAUCCACACCACUCCCCCCAUCCCUGGGUGCAGAACUGUGACUCGGGGUUGAGCCUCCAUCUGGAGAGACCAAAAUGCCAGAAUUGUCCACCUGCCUCUGGGUAGGGCAAUGGAAAUACCAAACCUUCUGACUUUGCCAAAAACCGUACAACCAACCUGGUCAUACGUAGGGUGACGAAGUUCUUUCUGGUUGUUUUUAAACAAUAAAGCAAUAAGAACAAAUAAAAUACAUAGGAAGUUAACAGAUAUAAAAUAAAGCACAAAGGAAUGCACUUAUUAAUAUUUUUUAAAAAUGCACUGGGAAAAAGUUGAUGUCAAUAACAGUAUAAAAAACCCUAUUUCUUGAUAAAAAUGACAAAUGACUGUCUCUUGUGGACUCUUGGUACUGUAAUGUUAAUAAUAGUCACCUGCUGUUGGGUACAGCAAUAAUUUCUGUGUGGUCCAUAGCACUGUAUAUUAUGGAUCGAUAUUAAUGUAUCCAAUGGAAUAAUUGAACUGUUUGUUCUUGAUAGCCUCAUUAAAGCAUUUGGUUUUUCACAUA